AUGUCUGAGCAAUCAUUAGUCACAUAUACGAAGAAACUUAUUUCAAAGCCACCGACUUUUACGCCGGAAGAUUUACAUGAUGCUAUGAUUAUCAUAAUGGAACUUCUCAAUGACAAGGAUUCAAAUGCUACAGUAUCCGUUAAUGUCAAAAUAUCCAGUUUCUUAUCAUGUCUACGGGCGUCUGGACUGGAUUACAAGGCCGAGUACAUUGCCCAGGCUGCAUUAGCUGUGCUACGUUAUUCUGCAUUGGUGAAAUUAUCACAAAAUGUUAUUGACAAUACAGACGAUUUGGUUCUCGAUAUUGUGGGAACCGGUGGGGAUGAACAAAACACAUUCAAUGUAUCUACAUCUGCAGCCAUUGUUGCAUCGGGUAUCCCCAAUUUGAAAGUCGUCAAACAUGGUGGUAAGGCAUCUACUUCAAACAGUGGUGCAGGUGAUUUGAUAUCUACACUAGGCUGUGAGACUUCAAAAGUAAACGCCACAACAGUACCCAAAUUAUGGAAAGACAACUCAUUCCUGUUCCUUCUGGCGCCUUAUUUCCAUGAUGGGAUGGGCCGUGUAGCAGGCAUUAGGAAAAUGUUGGGUAUUCCAACAAUAUUCAACGUGUUGGGACCCUUAUUACACCCAGUAGAACAUGUUAACAAGAGAAUACUGGGGGUCUACUCUGAGAAAUUAGCUUUAGAAUACGCCAAGGCCUCUGCCCUAGUGUACCCCGCCAGUGAAACAUUCGUCGUCUGGGGUCACGUCGGUCUCGAUGAAGUCUCGCCAAUAGGCAAGACCACCGUCUGGCAUGUGGACCCUCAAAGGUUCAAUAACGGUGGUACCUUAGUGGACACAUUCGAGUUGACCCCAUCAAUGUUCGGUCUCAAAGAACACAGCUUGGAAAGUUGUGCAUCUCUGGGACCUGCUGAGAAUGCAAAGAUUCUGAGAGAAGAAGUGCUUUCAGGUAAAUACAAGCUCGGAGAUAACCAUCCAAUCUACGACUACAUUCUACUAAACACUGCCGUACUGUACUGUCUAAGCCAAGGCAUCAACAACUGGAAGCAGGGUGUCCAGGCAGCAGAAGAUAGUAUCCAAUCUGGUUCUGCAUUAAAAUCGCUCGAUCAUUUCAUCAGAGACACCAAAUUCGUCUAA